AAACAUUCAUUCAUUCGCAUUUCAUCUCCUGUCCAGUCCAUGUUUAAAGUAAUGCACAGUGACCCGGCAUCCAGGCACCAUUAUGUCAUGUAGUAAAAAAACCCAUGCAAAAAGAGCGUAGUGUAACGCCUUGUCCACAGAUAUGGCCUUGACAGUUCUGCAGUCGGCUCAGCUGUCAAAAUUAAAUUGUCAUUUUAUUCUUCUUGCUAUCCGUUCCGUGUUUCGUUUGCUAAAGUUGCCGCUGAAUCUUUGUAAUAAUUAAUUAAAAGCUCAUAUAAAUUAUGUUCCUAAUGUAAAAUCUCUACUGCCUAAAUGGAAUGUGUAUGUGAUAAUCACCAUACUGUGAAAUGGCGUGUAGUUUUCGAAGAUUUUACUACAAGUACACAAAGUGCCUGGUGAUAACGGUGUUAAUCGCAUUUUUUGUCCAAUUAUUACUUGCAAUAAAUUAUUUCCCCACUGAAAAUGAUCAUUUGUUAAAAACAAAAUCACAUGGAAAUGUCGAGAAGCAGGAAAUAGCUGGUGUUUCAGCUAGAAAAUCUGAUGUCAGAUAUAUUGACGACGAAGAUUUUACUGUGAAAAAUCCUAACAAACCCGCUUCAUAUCUAAGACUAGCAGAGUUGGAUUUUAAACCCCCCUGUGAAAUUCAAAACAGAGAAGCCAUAUCUGCAAUACAUAGAGCUAAGACACAAAACUGUAAACAAGAAAUAGUCAAUCUUACAUGUUUAAUUCAAGGAGGAAAUUAUUACCCUAAAAGUUUACCUAACUAUUGUGUCGGAAAAGAUGUAGUAUAUGGAAAACAUUUGGGCUGCUAUAAGGAUGAAAAAAAACUUAGACUGCUAUCUAGUUAUUAUGGAAAUUAUGCUUCAACCAACUCGCACAGUUCAUGUUUAGAUAUUUGUGUCCAAGCUGGUUUUCCUUUUGCUGGAGUUCAAUACUCAACUGAAUGUUUUUGUGGAGAAACUGCACCCUUAACAACGGCAAAAAUUGAGGAUCACUUAUGUGAUAUGAAAUGUCCGGGAAACCCCACUGAAAUGUGUGGAGGCUAUUUCACAAUGAAUGUAUUUGAAACUGGUUUAGAAAAAUUUGUGCCACAUGUACCCAUAACUGUGAAUCAAAAACAAGAAUCUGUAAGAAUAAUAUUCCUUUUAACACUGAAUGGACGAGCUGUAAGACAAGUUAAUAGACUAAUCAAUACACUUUAUCGGAGAAAUCAUUAUUUUUAUAUCCAUGUGGAUAAGCGCCAAGACUACUUGCAUCGUAAGCUGUCUAUACUGCAGACCAAAUUUUCAAACAUAAAAUUAGCGGAAAAAAGAUUCUCCUCAAUAUGGGGUGGAGCUUCAUUGCUAAAAAUGCUGUUGACUUCUAUGAGAGACAUAUUAACCUUAGAUUGGGAAUGGGACUUUGUGAUUAAUUUAAGUGAAAGUGAUUUCCCAAUCAAAUCGAUUGAAGAUUUAGAAAACUUUUUAUCUGCAAACAAGGGGUUAAAUUUUGUUAAAUCACAUGGCCGUGAAGUUCAGAGAUUUAUUAAGAAACAAGGAUUAGACAAAACUUUUAUUGAAUGUGAAACCCACAUGUGGCGAGUUGGCGACAGAAAGCUGCCACGGGGAGUAGUGAUUGAUGGCGGAAGCGACUGGAUAGCUUUGUCGCCUAAAUUCGUAGCAUAUGUUGCUGGAGAGCAUGACGAACUAUUAGCAGGUUUAGAUGUUAUUUUUCAACACACGCUUUUACCUGCAGAGUCAUUUUUUCACACAGUAUUGAGGAAUUCCCAAUUCUGUAAUACAUAUGUUGAUAAUAAUUUACAUGUGACCAAUUGGAAAAGAAAGUUGGGUUGCAAAUGUCAGUAUAAACAUGUUGUAGAUUGGUGUGGAUGCUCUCCUAAUGAUUUCAAAACCGAGGACUGGCCUAGAAUACAAAAUACGAAAGAUCGACAACUGUUUUUCGCAAGAAAAUUCGAACCCAUAAUCAAUCAAGAAGUGAUAACUAGAGUAGAACAGUUUAUAGGAUUUGAAGAUCACUACCUACUACAAAAUUUGGAGGCAUACUGGCAAAGCAUUUACAAUAUUGAUGACUUGACUUCGAGUACAGAUGAUUUGAUGUUGACUCAUGCAGCUAGUAUCUUAAGACAAAACGCCAACAUUUUAAACCAAGAAGGUUGCUUGUUGGAACCUGAUGAAGUAAUUGAAAUUAGUUUAUACAAUUUUGCAGAUACUUAUAAAGGGAAUCUAAUUUUACAUAAAGCUAUUCUAGAUAAUGGUGAUAACAUAUUGUUAGAGACAUGGUAUAAACCGAAACAAAUAUUAGAUUUUAACUUUGAAAGUCGUUAUGUAGAUAUAAUUAAAACAUUUAAAGUUAGUUCAGAAUAUGAUCAAAAAGAAAUCACAUUCAGAAACUUUGCUAACAUAUUAGGUCCUUUAUCAGAGCCAAAUUUGCUAUAUCAAUUUUCUUCAGAUAUCGAUAAAAAAGGUGAAAAUCUGACGGUUCUUUGGUUGGAUCCUGCUGGCGUCAUAGCCGAUGUCAACCACCUUCAUGUCGAUGAAAAUAAUCUAACGAAUUUCAUUAAACCCAAUUUAAAAAUACCUUUACUUCCAGGUAUUUGGAAAGUGGGUUUAUUUGAAAAUUCUGAAUUUAUAGUAUUUACUAGAUUCCUUAUAACUCCUCUAGAAUUAUUUUCUGGAAAAGAAAUUAGUCACCACGAAGCGACGAUUAUUCACAGUGGAUCUCAAAGUGCUUACAAGAACUUUUCUAACAUAAACAUUGUGAAUUUUCUACCGAACGAAAAUGAACGGUUAUUGCUAAAAAAGGUUUCGAAUUCAAAUAUAAAAAGAGUGAACAAAGAUUUAAGAGAGUGGAUAGAUAAUCUUACAUCUAGUUUUUACAGUGUUUUAGGAACUUGUGUUGCAUCGUCUAGUCUUAAUGAUGUAAAACUUAAGCCUCUCUGUGGUAAUCAUAAGUUUGAACACUGUUCUUCUACUGGCUGGAGUUCAUUAUCUCCUGAUCCUAAAGGAUCAAUAGGCAAAUUUAAUGAAAGCACGGGGCGAUUAGUUAGAGUAUGACAUAAGAUGAUUCCUAUGUAGGCAACAUUUGUUAUGUUAUUGUAUUUUAAGUACAUUAUUGUAAAAAAUUUGCGCGAUAAGCCAAAAAGAGAUUUAUAACAUUUUAUGAUUACUUGUAAUAGAAUAGAAUAUAUUUAUUUGUAAUAAAUGUGAAUGUGACGAAAAUGCCUUAUACCAAAUGUCUUCUAUACCUACAAUAAUUGACGAAUUUCUGAAUAAUCACUCAUUUAAUAGUGUGACGUUACAAUAAUAAUUAUGAAUAUAAUUUGUAUGCUAUAAAAUUCAGCUAAAUGUGCAAUGCUGAAUUAAACUUAAAACACCAUACAUAGGUGUUGUUUACCACGUUUAUUACAAAUAAAUAUGUAUAUUCUAUUAUAUUCUUGCACAGUCAUGUGACUGUGUGUGAGUCAUGUGCGUGUGGUGGAUUGAGACCGCAGAGAUUUCAGUGAAAGCAUUAGGUAAUGCUUUUUACAAAAAUGCUGAACAUAAAACAUGUCUGUAAAUUAAAUUGCUGUCUAGAAAUUGAACUGAGGGGCGAUAAUUUUUUAAUAAGUUGUGACAGGUUUUGGAGGUAGGUAGUUAAAAAGUUAAAGUUGUAACGUAGGCUACCCGUUCGCGCUAAGUUUGCCGGUCCGUGGAAGACGCGCAUUCCCAAUUCCCUCGCCCAACCGCGAUUAAACGCAAUUAAUGUGUCUUAUUUUACGCAAAUACACAUUUUUUAGCAAUAAUAAUAAAUAAAAAAUAUUUUAAAUAUAUGUAGCUUGUUAAAUUUAUAGACGCUUCCCUUCAAGUGACGUCAUAUCGCCAGCGGCAAACUUAAAGCGAACGGAUAGUACUUAUUAGCCUAGGCUUGGCGCAGACCAUCGAUUUUUCGUCGGCCGAUUAUUUAGUCUGGCAGUUGAUCAGUAUGGGCAUGUAUGGAAGUGCGCAACCGAUUUGAUUUGGCCGAUUCUUCAUACAAUUUAAAAUCGGGCACAACUAUCGGCCAACUAAAAAUCGGUGGUCUGCGCAUAAGGCUUACCGUAAAGAAAACCUAUUGCAACCUAAGAAUUCUCAUUAUCAUAACAUACGUCCAGUUUUCUAGUUUUGUGACUUAGCUACUUAACA